UUAUCACGUGCUUAACUUAACUCGCAAAACUGAAGUUUACCACGAUAGGAUAACUAUGCAGUAACAUAAUCUAAAAUACAUCAAUUUAUGGCAUCACAUGGAUAACCUCGGCUCUGAUGCAGUGGUUACGUGACUGCCAAUAUGCAUUCUUGGUCGUCACUGUACCUGCUGGGCGUCUUCAUGUUGGGACUUGACUCUAAACUAGCAGGUGAAGCAUUUCAACCAGAAUUCGCAGAACCCAUCGGUAACUUGACAGUUUCUGUUGGAAGAGAUGCUACAUUCCAUUGUCUUGUACAUAACUUAGGAGGAUAUAGAGUUGGAUGGGUGAAGGCAGAUACGAAAGCAAUACAGGCAAUUCACGUGCAUGUGAUCACAAACAACCACAGAGUAGCAGUGUCCCACAACGGGCAGUACGCGUGGAAUCUACACAUCAGGAACGUCCAGGAAGACGACCGGGGUCAAUAUAUGUGUCAGAUUAAUACCGACCCUAUGAAAAGUCAGAUGGGCUAUCUUGAUGUGGUAGUUCCUCCCGACUUCGUAAGUGAAGAGACUUCCGGUGACGUCAUGAUACCUGAAGGAGACAUGGCAAAAUUAUCAUGUCGAGCUCGAGGUCAACCUGCACCACGUGUCUUGUGGAGGCGAGAAGACGGCUCUGAAAUAGUCCUGAGACAUCCAAAUGGUACUAAAUCUAAAGUUCACACACAUGAAGAUGAGGUGCUGACGUUGAAUAAGAUUUCCCGUUCGGACAUGGGCGCAUAUCUUUGCAUCGCAAGCAAUGGUGUCCCCCCUUCUGUGAGCAAGAGAAUAGUAGUAAAGGUUCACUUUCACCCGGUGAUACAAGUCCCUAAUCAGUUAGUGGGAGCUCCGCUUGGAACUGACGUAACCCUGGAGUGCUACGUCGAGGCAUCACCAAAAUCUAUUAACUACUGGGUUAAGGAGUCAAAUGAGAUGGUGAUAUCUUCCAGCAAGUAUGAAGUUGUCAACACAGUGCUCAGUUCCUUCGAGAGUCGAAUGACUCUUACUGUGAGACGGCUGUCGACAGCAGACCUCGGAGGAUACAGAUGUAUUGCGAAGAACUCUCUAGGCGAAGUCGACGGCACUAUUCGUCUAUAUGGAAUAACCCGUGAUUUCAUUAAAAUCACAAGUCCUUCAUCAAAAAGUGAUGACUUUUCAACUCCAAUGGAAGGUCCCGAUAACCAGUUCGGUUCAGCUGAGAGUUCAGACGAUGAAGAUGAUAAGGAACUACUAACGGACGUAACCGAAAUAUACUCCGCUUCCUAUAUUAAUAAUAAUUCCCGGAAGAACAAAACCUACAUCAAUUUAACAAGGGACUAUUUUGGACAAAAUAUUAGUAAACAUUUUCAGUCACAUGUUGGUGAUGUGUGA